GAACAGACAAUAUGGCGGACAGGCUAACCCAGCUCCAGGACGCAGUCAACUCCUUGGCCGAUCAGUUCUGUAACGCCAUCGGAGUGCUGCAGCAGUGCGCCCCGCCCGCUUCCUUCAGCAACAUCCAGACCGUCAUCAACAAGGAUCAGCCGUCAAACCCCACGGAAGAGUACGCGCAGCUUUUCGCGGCACUGAUUGCAAGAACGGCUAAAGAUGUCGAUGUCUUGAUUGACUCUCUGCCCAGCGAAGAAUCCACCGCUGCUCUACAGGCCGCUAGUCUGAGGCAGCUAGAGGAGGAGAACCAUGAAGCAGCAGCUCGGCUGGAAGAGGUGGUGUACAGAGGAGAUUUACUGCUGGAGAAGAUACAGAGCGCUCUGGCCGAUAUUGCGCAAUCGCAGCUACGCACACGCAGUGGUACAUCCAGCCAACCUGCGGCCCCUGAACCCUGACCUCCAGCAUUAUAUAAUGGACAACAUAUCAUGUACACACUAGGGACGUUUCGAUCCCGUGUUCAUCUGUGCUCCUUGAGAUCAGCCUGUACAGUUAGUCACCGAUGCCGAGAGUUUCUGAUCCCUGUAUGGUAACCAUCACAUGGAUUGAUAUUGAGCGUGAACUUUGAAUAGUCUGAGGUGUUAAUGUUCACCGAAUUAAAAAAAACAAACAAAAAAGUUCAAGACUCUGGAAUUUUUCCUUUUAUGUAACACAGUGCGAGUGAGUUUUUUCUAUUUUGUAUAUCUACAACUGUUCUAAAAUGAACAUUAAAAAUGUAAAUGCACUUUUUUUUUUUUUUUGGGCAUUAAAAAUGUUUAUGAAAUGCUACUGAAAUGUGAUUGGCUGAUGGCAGAGCUUGUUCUUGGAGUAAUCCAGUCAUGAUAAACCUGGUACGCCCGGGAACGCCGUGGGGGAAGAAACAUGCCGCACCUCUGUGUUUGUCUUUUGAGAGCAACACGCUAACUGUGGUGGGAGAUGUUUACAUUUUUCUCCUCAAAACAACCAACUGUACGAGUCGUCGUUAUAGAUUUCAAGUCCACAUGAAAAGCCUUGAAACAUACGUUGCUCAACGUGUUGACGUCAUUUCCACAGGAAGCAGGAAGUCAGGUGCGGCGGACAUAUGGAGCGACCCCAUCCCUUGUAAAAUAGGCGAUAGCUAAGCCAUACUCUACAGUUUGUACAGUGGAUGUUUAUAAUGUCGGGGGUGGGACGCUUCAGAUUCUAGAGCGCGUUUGAUUGGACAGUGCAGCAUGAUGUCAGCAACAUUGUUGAUCCGUAUAUUGAUUCUGAAUCUUCUAAAUGGGAAUUUUAGCAUCGUUUUGGAGCGCACUAGCUUAUGUCUGGAUCUAAAGUUAAUGCUUGUGUAUACACUGUGACUCAUUUUAAAGGUCAGACCUGCUGCUGCUCCUGUGUUUUCUGCUCAGAUGUUGGUUUGACGUCACUUGCUGAACUCGGGGGUUGAGGACAGGAGACCGUUCCGAGUAGGAAUUCCGACUUUCCUUUGGAUUCGUCCUGUUCAGAAAAUCGCGAAUUACAAGUUAACGAUCUCUAGAGUCUUACCGACGUCAUUUCCAGGACACAAGAGACGGUAAAACACAUCCUGUUCGACUGCAAAAGAUACGAGGACGACAGAACUGAGCUAAAGAUGCGAAUUAGAAAGCAAAACAUGACACUAGAGAACUUGCUCGGAAAAACGUCUGGGAAAGUGUAUAAUAAAUGUUCUAAAAUACUGGGAUAAGUGAGAGACUUUAGUAAUUUAGUAUGACCAUCUAAUAUUUAUUUAU